AUGUCAUCCGCUGUCACCCCCUCGGACUCCGCAUGUCACCCCUCCGACGUCGGUCGGUCCAGGUACUCCUCCGGCCGCUCCCAAUAUACGCUGAACCCCCGUUCCGCAGUCGGCCGUGAUCCCCGGUGUCCGCCGGUGCCCGGAUUCCCGCACGUCAGCUCCGCGUGCUUUCCGCAUCAGCGCCGCGAGCAUUCCGCAUGCCCCAAACAAACCGGCCAAAGCUUUGGCCAAGGUGUGCUCCCGCCACCACACCGACCCUCAAUGGAUCCCCGCGAGCACACAUCCGGCAACCUACUCAGCGCGGACGGCCUCGGUCUACAUUCCUAUGAUCCUCUCACGAACUCGACCUACAGCUCACUCGGCCAGGAUGACCGCAUGCACCACCACGGCCUCCACGCCAGCCAGACAAACAUCGAGGUCAGCGGUGGUCAUUAUGGGACCCCCUCUCAAGCCAUCGGCUCAUUGACCGGCGUUCAUCGGGUCGGGGGGGCUAUUCCGUCUGGGCAGCUGUCCUAUACGAGGACUGCGGUGCCUGCGACUCCACCAUCAGGUAUCUUGACUAUGUCGGCUCCAGCUCGAAUCGAUCCCAUCUCAUCUUCCGUGGCCAGCGCACGUUUGAAAUCUUCUUCGACCCGCAAGCAGAACCGGACUCGCGCGGAGAUCGAUGCUGCCAAAGCGGUCACUGCUGCUAAGAAGGCCGAGAAGAUCCAGAGGGCGGCGCAGAUGCUGGAAGCUCAGAGGCAGAAACAGGCCGCAAAGGAGGCCCGUGCGGCAUUGAAGGUAACGGACACGGGGACUCCGACCCCAAGGUUUGUUUGGUCUGAAGAUGCCUCAUUGGAACUUCUGCGUUUCGUGAAGGAGGUCAAGGAGGAACACGACGAUCUCAGCGAGCGGACUCCCGGAUUCAUAGCCUGGUCUCCCUACUUCCUGAACCGUGAGGCCGAUCGGGAUCUCUUCCCUCUACUGAUUGGCAUUGCGAAUGAUGUCAUCCUUCGCCGCUACCGGGCUUUGAUGAACGUCUGGAAGGUUGUUUUCGACAGGCUAUCUCAUUUGGGUAGCAACGGACUACAUGACGUAUUGGCAAAAGAGCAUCUGUCGGAAACGCUUUACAAUUUUAUGAAUGCAAUGCACGGAGACAACGCCGCAGCCAAUGCCUAUGGGCAUAUUGAACUGGACGAUGACCUGGGGGCCCUCGUGGAUGACGUCGGACCUGAGGAGACCGUCGAUGGUCAAGCGUCGGUCAUGACGAAUACGGCCCUGGAGGACGCGCAACUGGUGCGAGAUCGUCGCGGGGUGGCAGGUUUGACGGCUGCCGAGUUGGUGUUGGACGACUCUGAUAACAAUGGGGCUGACGUUACCAGCCCCAAUGGCCCGACCCCACCAUCAAUUGAGGCGCCGGUGGGCCCGGGAGUGGUGAUAACAAAGCCGCCGCCUGCCACCCCCCACCCUUCCCGCCAACGCGGCCGGACCAAAGUGACCAAACCCGACGAUUCAUCUACUCAGGCGCUGUUGCAGAUGUUUCAGCAGUCCCAAGAUCGCCAGGAGGCCGCUCGAGUUGAGGAUUGCCGGUUGGCGGACGUGCGGGCCAAUGAGAAGGAGUCGGCGCGGGCAGCCGCUGCCACCCAGGCGGCCCAUGAUUGCUCAAUCAGGGACGGUCAACUCAAGCUGGACCGCGACGUGGCCGAGAAAAGGAAUCAGGCCCUGGAUGAGGAGCGUCGGGUGCCUGACGAGGAUCGGAAGGAAGAGAAGCGACAGGCACUGGAAUGGCGGCAAGAAGAGGGUCGGAGAUACGAGGCUAGUCAGAAGCUUUUGGCCGAGGAGCGAAAGGUUCAAGAUACCGCUCGUCGGGAGCAGGAAAGGGCCAGCCAGUUGUUCCAGGCCGCCAUGAUGCGAAUGCUGGGGGUUCAGGACCUCAUCCCGAGCGCUGGCAAAUCCUAG